GCCACCUACAUCCAAACCUAUCCCGAAACGCUGGCAUGCAUGAGCCCUUCAUAAUCACAAGCUUCAGCUCCCCUCGCGCUCCAAGUUGAAGCGUUGAACUCCCAGCCCACUCGAUCCCCCAACUCGCAACUCGACCCCGACCAAGCCGAACAUCUAGCCAAUGGCGGGAGCAGUGCCUCUGGCGCCGCCGAUGGUGGCCGCGGCGAGGCCGGCGGCGGGCUCGCUCUACGAAGCGCUGCGCGUGGGCCGCGCGGCGACGCAGGUGGAGAUCAGGACCGCGUACCGCUCCAUGGCCAAGCGCCUCCACCCCGACGUCGCCUCCUGCGGCCGCGGGGGUCCCGAGGCGUUCCUGGAGAUCCGGAGGGCGUACGAGACGCUGUCCGACCCGGCCGCCAGGGCGCGCUACGACAGCUCGCUCGGGGUGUUCCGCGGCGGGGGCGCCGGCGGCGUGAUGCGGGUGCGGAGGUGGGAGACGGACCAGUGCUGGUGAUUCAGGCCAUGAUCUCCCAACUCCCAUGAACGUGGAUGAGCUGUGUUGGUGUCCUCGGCGUAGUUAGUGCUGUUUAUUGGAAAGAUUGUGGUGUGGGCCCAGCCGUCGGUCCCUCUAUGCAGCCGGCCCCACUUUUUGGUCCUUUUUUUUGCGGAGCCACUUUUUGGUCCUGGUGGUGUAGCUUUUGUAAAUAUAUAUUCAAGCUUGCUACUACUGUUCAGCUGCUUUUCUCUCAAUAUAUUUUGGCUUCAGGUGUUUUAGAAUCCCAGACUC